AUGAAGCGAAGAGGAGUCCGGCGGGCUUGCGAUGCCUGCCAUUUGCGAAAGCAGCGUUGCGACGGGUUGCAGCCGUGUUUUAGGUGCUCCAAGAGCGACAAGCUGUGCUCCUACGGAGAGGAACAAAUUCCCGGAGCCUCUGAAGUCGUCCACCUGAUGAGCACCGUGCUCUCGUCCUUGGGAACGAUCGAACAGAAAAUUGAUCUCCUAGGCGGCAUCUCGGAUCCACCGGCUGCCGAGCCUUCACCUACCCUACACCGUCCGCCCGUCGCGAUCCAGACCAUUUCACUUCGCGGAGCACCCAUGUCAACGGUGCAAAGUGCAUACUCCAUGGCCGGCAACGGCAUGGCAGAAAAUAACAGCACAGCAUCCUCGGUACGGUCGCCUCUUCCACUACUACACCAGCUCUACCGCACAGAUCAUUGGUGCUGCGACCCUGUGUCGCUGGGCAUUUUGUCGUUGCAAGACGCUCAACACCUGGUUGAUUUGUAUUUCGAACAGAUGCACAGCAUGGCACCGCUUCUUACCAGAAGUAUCCACUCAGACGCAGCCGAGCUACGCCAGCGGUCAACGCUUCUCUUUCUCACCGUCUGCUGUGUGGGAGCACGGAGCCUUUCUCAGCCGGGCCAAAAUAUACACGAUCUGGCCGCCUUGCUGGACUUUUCGCUAUCCCGGGUGGUUCUGGGACGCACAGACCGCAUCACGCUGGAGCAGCUCGAGUCUUUACAGCUCUACGCCCAUUGGAUGCCUCUGAGAGCGAGCCAUAGCGCCAGUAGAUACAACGAGGUUUCUGUGUGGAAUGUAAUUGGACUCACAAUCCGAUGGGUCAAGUUCAUGGAUCUUGAGGGCCGCCUGCAGACAAGAUUUACAGGCUCGCUCGAAGACGUGCGAAUUUUACGGAUUAUGCUCAAUCUUGUCUCGCUCGACUACCAAACUCAUCUUUCCACGCAGCUGCCCACGACAAUCGACCCCGUGCCGCUCGUGGCCCUUGCCAGAAAAUUCUGCUCGACAGUGAACGCGGAAACCAAUGACCACAAGCUUCUGGGGCUCUGUGAGCUGACCCUCGCUCUCAAGCACGCAACCGACCUAAAAUACGUGAACUUCUUUCUGGACGAAUGGGCAGCCGAGUGGACAAACUAUCCCAACGCGCAGCUCAGCGUAUCUGAGAUACCGUUCACCUCCAUGCGCUGGUAUCGUCUGAGUCUGAACAGUGGGCCCCUUGCUGGACUAUGUGCGGGAACGCCGGUCCCGGAAACGGAGGAGCGCGCUGUGCUGGCGGCCCUGAAACGCAGCGUCGAGGCUGCUCUGGAUAUGUUUGGCUUAUUUCUCGAAACUCCCGGAUGGGAAGACCCAAAAGUGAGCCACGCGUUUCUUUCUCGCUUCCGCUGCGCAAUCGACUCGUACUGGAUGACGCACGCGUUUGCAUUUAUCUUGCUGUGCAUUCUGUAUGCUCGAGGAGCAGUGGACGAGACUUUUUUCUGUUGCCUGCCGACGCAGAACCAGACCAGUCCUCCGGCCCCCGGUUCGCCGCUCUCCAACCUUCUCCAGCUGGGGCUCACCAUUUUUGACCUUGACCCGACUCAUCCUGCUGCACAUAUAGCUGCCCUGGUCCACCAGGUCUACGAUUCGCUGGAACUGCUGGACGACUCGAAAAACUACGUCGAGGACGUCUUCCCGAUUCCUCUCGAUGAAGGAUUUGAUCUCAAUUUGUUUCUGGCUCGUCAGUGCGGUGAUUACGCGUAG